GCCAACGGCGUCCUCCGGCACACAGGGGGCGCUGUGGGCCGCACGGUACGCGGCAACAGGUUUGCGCUGAUGACGUCAGGACAAAAAAAACAGGAAACUCUGAAGAAACGAAAACUUCGAGACAUUUUCAAACCGAAGGUAGAUACAUUCCGAAGUAGCAUCCGCUUACUCGGGGUUUUAAUGCUUGUGUUGCUGAUGAAGACGUGAGCCGUGUCCGUGUCCAGAUGUCUUGCUUUGAAAACAAUAAGGGGACUGUGGAGGAGGACAGUUAUGAGGGAGCUGUUGGUGGAGAGCUGUCCGAAUGUGCUUUGGCGAUGCUGGAAAAGGACCGAGAAUCUCUGCUCAGUCCUUCAGAGGGUCCUGGUACCUUAAUGAGCAGCAGUUCUUCCAGUCUUCAGGCUGCAACCCCUCUCCAGGGUUAUGAUGUGGAGUUUGAUCCUCCCCUAGAGAGUAAAUAUGAGUGCCCUAUCUGCCUCAUGGCUUUGAGAAAUGCCAUUCAGACGCCUUGUGGGCACCGUUUCUGCAAGAACUGCAUUGAGAAAUCCAUACGUGACACAGGACAGAAGUGCCCUGUGGACAAUGUAAUGCUGUCAGAAGACCAGCUGUUUCCUGAUAACUUUGCAAAACGGGAGAUUCUUUCGCUAACUGUUCGGUGUCCAAACUCUGGCUGUUCUGAUAAAAUGGAGCUUCGACAUUUAGAGAAUCAUUUGGCACAGUGUCAGUUUGCUACUGUGCCUUGCCCACACUGCCAGCAGUCUGUGAGAAAGACCCAUCUAGAAGAGCACACCAGUACCGAGUGCCAAAGGAGACCUGUUUCAUGCCCAGACUGCAUGGCCUAUUUUGUUUAUGAAGAUAGAGAGCUUCAUCAGCAGCAGUGUCCUUUUGCCUCAGUGAGCUGUCAGUACUGUGAGAUGGACCUGCUCAGAGACCAGAUGGAAUCCCACUGUGACAUGGAUUGUCCAAAAGCUCCCAUCGCAUGUAAUUUCAGCAUCUUUGGAUGUAAAGAACGGAUGCUGCGUCAUAACCUGGCUCAGCACAUGCAGGAGUUCACGCAGAUGCACAUGCGUUACAUGGCUGAGUUCCUGCGCGGCCUGAGCCUCAACGGCACCACAACCAAAGCUCUGUGCACCCUGGGGCCUUCUGCCUCCCCCGAGGACCAGGGAGCUGCAGCGUCAGCCACCCCCUCAACUGGACCCAGAGGAGCCGGGUGCAGCGGCAGUAACUGCGCCCCCUGUCAGCCCAGCGAAGAAAUGCAGAGGCUCAGAGAGAUGGACGGACGACUGGUGAAACAGGAUCACCAGCUGCGAGAGCUCAUCAUUUUAAAAGAAACACAGGCAGGACAGCUGAAUGAGCUGCGGCGCAGAGUGUCCAUUCUGGAGGAGACAGUGAAGGAGCUGGAGGCCCAGCAGUGCCAUGGCAUCUUCAUCUGGCGUCUCCGAGGUUUCUCCGCCCACAUGCGGAGUCAGGAGGCGGGCCACCCGGUCGUUGAACACAGCCCAGGAUUCUACACAGGUCGCCCCGGCUACAAGCUGUGCCUGCGCCUCCACCUGCAGACCCCCAACGCCCCGCGCUGCUCCAACUACAUAUCGCUCUUUGUCCACACAAUGCAAGGUGUGUUCGAUGGGCAGCUGUCCUGGCCUUUUCAGGGCACAAUCCGCCUUUCCAUCCUGGACCAGGGCCCCGAGGGUCAGCAUCAUGUGGAGGUAAUGGAGACCAAACCUGACCUGCAGGCCUUCCAGAAGCCCACAAACCACCGCAACCCCAAGGGCUUUGGCUACGUCACCUUUCUGCACCUUCAACAGCUGAGUCAGAGAGCAUUUGUCAAAGAUGACACUCUGCUUAUCCGCUGUGAGGUGACACCUCGUUUUGACAGCAUACUUCAUCGAGAAGCACCAGCAGUGCAGCCUCGAGGACUUGAGGCAUCACUUUCAAGAGACUAGAGUCAGAUUGAGCUAUGAGAUACUGAACCCGCGUAACUGUAUGUUAAGGCGUCAAGUCAGUACAGACGGAGCUACCAAAACUUCAACCAAACAUAUUCUAUAAAUGUCCUGCAGUUUACUAGGUGGUAACAUUUCUAAUACAUCAUGCUUCAGAAACAAAUUCUGCAUA